UUUUUUAAGUAUAUUUUAUUUAUAAGAAAAAAUCUAAUUUUUUUUUUUUCUUAAGUAAAUUUUAAGACCUUGACAAGCACUUCAGAUAAAGACAGUAGAUUAGAAAAGGUCGAAACUAACCUUAAGAUGAGGGAUUAAUCCACACCGUUCGUUGAAAAGUUAGAAAUUAGAAUUCAAAAGAGUCUUAUUUAUCCAAUGGGCCUCGGCCCGUUAGAAUAGUCUUCAUCCUGUUGGGGUGUUCUGUCUGAAGGAAGCGGCCAUUGAAGCGCCACGAAGCCUCUCUCUCCUCUUCUCUCUCUAAAAACAAAAGAGAUCCUUCACUAUUCCAAUCUCCUUUUUCUCGAUGCUCCCCUCACGAGCCCAGAAUCACACACACACACAAAGCAAUCGCUCGAUUCUAAUUUAGGUUUCGGUCGGUUUGAAAAAAAUUUCGUCAAUGGUGGAUCAUUACCAAGUCCUCGGCGUUACCAGAAACGCGACGAAGCAAGAGGUCAAAGAAGCGUUCCGGAGAUUAGCGGUGAAGUACCACCCCGACAAGCACGCGCAGUCUCCCGACCACGUUCGUCUAAACGCAACCGUGAGGUUCAAGCUCGUGUCCGAAGCGUACGAGGUAUUGAACGACGAUCGCAAACGCGCGUCUUAUAACGCUGUCAGCGAUUCCGAUUCCUUUCGCCGUACCGGCGGUUCGUAUAGCAAUCCGUACGGAAACCGCGGUUACGGUUACGGUUACGGUUCGUCGAGGAACCGUGGUCAAGGGUCGAGUUUCAGCAGCGCGUUUGAGUCGACGUUUCGGUACUUGACUACACGCGCGUUUCUUCUUAACCUCGCGUUGGCUGGUGGUAUGUGCUUUGCCUUUACCGCGAUUGAUACAAGCGGAGAAACAUUAUGGAAAAUGCGUAACUCCGGGAAAUCAUUCGAAGAAGCGAUGGAUUCACUUGAGAAAACAAAGGUACAUAAGGAUGAAGGGUGAAAGAAAGGAUCCAGAGGUACUACCAAGACUUAUACAUUUAUAUGUUUUUUUAAUUUGUGUAAAUUAAAAGUAUAAUAGCUAAAAAAGCACUUUUUAUUAAAUCGAUUUAUGAGAGUUAAUACUUGCACGCAAUUGCAUUUGAGUGCAUAACAACGGCAAGCAAAGAUGGGAUGUCCUAAUAAGAACAAAUAAAACUUUUGGCUUUUGUAUCAGUAAUGGGGACAUUAUUGUAGUGGUGGGUAACGUGUUUGAUUGUCUUAUAUGAAGAUGGUGAUAAGGUAUA